AUGAAAUUCAUUCAAACUGAACAAUUUGUCCAAAUACCAGAAGGUGUCAGUGUCUACAUCAAGGCUAGAAGCAUUAAGGUUGUCGGCCCAAGAGGUACUCUUUUCAAGGAUUUGAAACAUAUCGAUGUUUCCUUCUCUAGAGUCAGUGCCAAGUUGGUUAAGAUCACCGUCCACAACGGUGACAGGAAGCACGUCGCUGCUUUGAGAACUGUCAAGUCUUUGGUCGACAACUUGAUCACUGGUGUUACCAAGGGUUACCGUUACAAGAUGAGAUAUGUGUAUGCGCAUUUUCCUAUCAAUGUUAACGUUGUCGAGAAGGACGGUAAGAAAUUGGUCGAAAUUAGAAACUACUUGGGUGACAAGCAAGUCAGACACGUCCCAGUUAGAGAAGGUGUUAAAAUCGAAUUUUCCAAGAAUCAAAAGGAUGAAUUGAUUUUGGAAGGUAACUCCAUCGAAAACGUCUCUCAAAACGCUGCUGACAUUCAACAAAUCUGUCGUGCUAGAAACAAGGAUAUCAGAAAGUUCUUGGAUGGUAUCUAUGUCUCUGAAAAGGGUGUCAUUGAAGACUACUAA